ACACCAUGCCCAUGAACGAUGGUGAUGCUGUGGCUGCUAUUGAUACAUUGCCUACAAGCCCUGUUCCACCUAGCAGUCGUGCAACUGAUACCCCAGACACCAAACGGGCGAAGUUCCAGAAACGCGAGAUUGCCAUCUCUGACGAAGCUUUGGUGCCUAUUCCUGAGACGCCUUUGUCUACUGGUGACUCACCUGAAGUACCUCAAGAAGAUUGCCCACCCUUGGCCACUUCGGGCUGUUCUGGGGCACCUUCUGCAGAAUCUUCUCCAGAGGAAGCGCCUUCCAAGGUCUUCAGUCGUCGAGAUCAGCUGACUCUCCGCUCUGGCCAGAAGGCUGCCAACAAGGAGAAGAAGGGCAAGGGCAAGGGCAGAUCGAAGAAGGAACAGAAGAAGAAAGUCAAUGGCCAUGCUGGCAAGGGAACAGGCAAGAAUGGGAAAGUGAAGAAGGGUGAAAGGGAGAAGAAAAUUGACAAGAAACUGGUGAAGAAUGCCAAAGGCAAGACUAGCAGCACGAAGGGCAGAAAGACAAAGAUCUCCAAGGAGGAAAAGCUCGCAGACAAGACCAAGGAUGAAGACCCCGCAGAGGAAGUUGUUUCGAACUCUCAUGCAGCUCCUGCCGGCAGAAAGCGCCGAGGCAAGAUUGGAAAGUUGCGAUCAGUGGCAGCAGCUUCGACAUCUGCUUCUUCGGCUUCCUCUCCAGUGCAUUCAAAGCAGCACCAGGGCAAAGCUGACAAGGCGGCAGCAGCUCAGAAGCGCAAAGCCGAGCCAGUUUCCAAGACCCGUGGAAAGAAGCCCAGUGAGAAGAAGCCCGAAGAUGAGAAGACACCCAGAUCCCGUAGGCCAAAGAAAUCCCGCACACUCCCCACGGAUGUGGACUUGAACGAGCACAAGAAGGAGCAGCGGGAGCUUAUCGAUUGGAUCUUGGACAGGAACAUUGACUACAACUUGCCUGAGGCCGAGUUCAAGAAGAAGUGCAGGGCUGCUCUGUCCAAGUUUGAGUACUUCCGACACAACAUCUACUGGACCCGAUACUCUUGCGGCAUGACCAUGUGGGACGCAGAAGGCAAGAAGACGGAUGCUACCACCUUCGCCUUUUCAAAUCACCAAUCCUCGACUGUGGUUGCAAUUGCUUGUGCUGAGACCUUUGCGACUUAG